CAUAAAAAGCUGAGACAAUCACAACUGGUCUUCACUUUUAACCUGUCUCAUGUCAGAAUUACCUCGCUGAUAUAACAAUCUCCCCAGUUUCACCAUCAAAAUCUUGACUUUUCCUUCCGACGCCAUGAUGGAGCCACGGCUGGCAAUCUCUACUUUCUGGAUUAUUAUCUUGGUUGCCGAAGCAUUUCUGUGCCUAGGAGCUCCGUUCCGGCCAGAUCCAUUUGAGGGGAUGGACGAGGAGGAGAAAGAGUCUGAUCAUUUCCUCCAUCUUGAGGUGUUAGCGAAACUAGGCGUCAAGGACCCGUACACACCUCCCAGCAUCAAGAAGGAAGACUUGGUCAUUCCGGAUCAUAUUUCCGCUAAAUACAACUCGCUGCUGAGACAUCACCGCGUUAGGAGAAAGACUAUCACUCAAGGAAUUCGCCAAAAUCCAGGUAUCCGUGGAGGUGUUGUCGUUGCCACCCCAACGCGUCACGUGUACACCUUCGAUAUGUCUUCGAUCCCUGCCGGUAGUGAGGUCAUGAUGGCAGAACUUCGCAUUUUCAAGGAGCUCCCUAACCAGUCCAUUCAUAAGCCCAACACCACCCAUCACCAUCAGGUCAGAGGGGCUCUAGUUUCCAUCCAUCAAGUCACGCCCAACACCUUAGAGGAUGAUAGAGACGAAGGCGAGAACGGAGAGCAGAGCGGAACCACAACUGUGAAGGUUGAUGAAAGACUAGUCGACGUGGACACAUUCGGCUGGAAGAACUUUGACGUGACGGAUACAGUUAUCCAGUGGGUAGCAGAUCCCUCCAGUAAUAUGGGUCUAGAGCUUCAUGUUUCCCCGGAAAGAUCCGGCAGCUACGCCAGAAGGAUUGCCAGUCGCGUACAUUUCAGUCCAGAGGAAGAACCGGACGAUGAGGAGAAAGGCGUGCCAGUGCUAACCGUCUACACCGUCAAGUAUGCCCCAGUUGAUGACCCGAUAGACUGCUCCGCUGACGGCUCAGACGCAGACCGUUGCUGUCGGAUCCCUAAGUACGUCGAUUUCAGACGAACGUCCUGGACUAACCGUUGGAUCAUCGAACCAGCCGGCUUCGAAUCUUACGACUGCGCUGGACCCUGCCAUCGUCACCGACAGAGGCACCGAACUUUACGGGAAGUUUUCGGUCUAAGACUCGGCAGCUACCAGACGUGUGGCGUUGCACGUUAUUCCUCACUUCCAAUGAUGUAUUUGAUCGACAGGGAUGGUGUGAGUGAACUUGAAGUCGAGGAAAUACCCAACAUGAUAGUGGAAGACUGUGAAUGUACGGCGUAACCACUGAACAGACAUUGCUCGUUUCCAAUAACCAUAGCACUAUUUAAAUGAAUUUCAUUCAAAAUGAAAUUCUGAUUGGCCUAAAAAGUUAGGAAAUAUUAUUGAUGUUCUGAAACAAAUUUAUAUUUAGAUUGGUUUUAAAAAGUCUGAUGACAAACUUGUGCUGUAUGGCCCCCACCGUGUGUGUAGGAAACCUGCCGUCGGCGGUUUGCGGGAUAAAAUGGCUAAAAGCACAGAACUUAACAAAACCUAUUAGACUUUUCAGGGUUUUUUUUCAUUCUCAUACAUCCACACGACUCACGAUGUUGUUUUCAAUACAUUUAUCGUCCCCUCUCCUGAUGAUGUCACACUUACAUGUGUGAGCUAUCCACCGGUGCGCAGUGGACCAUUCGCCCCCAAAUGGCUGCACAGGAAAGUGCACAUAUAAACAAACUGACGUCAUCAGUACAAAGGCCUAUUAAUGAACAUGGAUAGCAUGCUAUUGUUUCAAAUUUUGAAUCAUUUUGGCGAACCUCCUUUCUCGAACCCUUACAUGCCAGAUUUUUUUAAAAUAAAUUAGAAAACCGUUACUCGAAUCGUCGUCAUGGUCACGACUCUUUCAAAACAAAUGACUGUUUCAAAAUACAAGUAAUGCUCAAUCAUGGAUGUAUUAACCACAUCCAGCUUCCCAUUUGAAUUACAAACAACAGGCUUUACACUUGCAAAGUUGUUUUGUAGGUGGUCAUGCCACCCGUGGUAAAAUAAUCGAUUAUUUACUGAGUAGCACAAAUUUGAACUGCCUUUUUGUAAAUAUUGGUACCUAAAAAAUCUUAUAUUAUGAAUGCUCUGAGCUCUACAGUUGUGUAUAUUAAUUUUGUAUAAAUUGUACAGGUUAUAAAGAGAACCCAAUUGCAAUAAAUUAUCGUGCGAAUCAAAAUCAA